AGCAGUCGCAGGAUUAAUAUCUGGCCACGUUAUGAACAGGGAGGUAACUAAAUGAAUGAAAGUUACAGCUUUGUGGAGAGGUUUCUCUGCCUGAUUCAGGUAGAGAAAGAUCAUCACGUUAUAGAAUAAAGUUAAUAAGUGGAACCUGAUCAUAAAAUAGUAACUUUCACCGUUUGAGCAUGGUCUGGACUUUAAGUUUACUUGGAAAUCCUCUAUAAGUUAUUGGUCAUGGCGGGAAAUAAAAUUAACCCAUAAGGAUAACGUUACGAUCUAUAGUUACAUCAUCAUUUUACACUCCGACUCAGUGUUGUUCAUGAGCAAGUGAUUUGUAGGAUUUAAAAAUCCGUCUCCAAAUUUUGAGUGAGUUUUAUGAACACGGUUUCGUCCCUACACGCACCUCACCGCAUUCUAAUUCUGUGACGUUGACAACACUGUGACGUCAUGGCUCAGCCAGCAAUAAAACAUUCUGCUCAGCUGAAGUGGUCUUUAGUUUCUACAGACAGAUCACUGAGAGAUGUUAUUUCAGCACGAUGGAAUGAUUUUCAAAAAUGAGGAGGAAUCACAAAGAGACACCUCAGCAUCAAGCUAUGCUGGAAUUAAGGAGUAGUAAAAUGGACAUAUUGUCCAGAAAAAGAGAAGAAGCAGCAAUGACGAUCGCUCCAGAAUCGAGUAACGGGCCUACGAACCAAGAUUUCUUGCAGGAAACUCCACGACCUGAGGAAGUUCUGGCACAUGGGAACAAUAGCAUGCACACUAUGGCAAAGCAGAACAUCCGGUUACCUGUCACUAACACAACCAGAAAUACAUUAGUCUUCCCCAUAAAGAGCAUAGAAUUUGAACGGGCAGGUGCUGGGCCUCCAGCAAAGAGCCCUGGGAAACCAAAACUUCUUCCUAGAAGGCCCAGAAAGGAUCCGAUUGGUCUUCCCCCUUUCAGAGCACUGAUGCACAAGGAAACGGCACAUUGGGAAAAUAGCAUGUGCACUACAGCAAAGCAGACUGUCCGCUUACCUGUCAUUAACACAACCAGAAAGAAAUCAAUCGACCCCAUGAAGAUCAUAGAAAUGUUUGAACGAGCAGGUGCUGGACCUCCAGCAAAGAGCCCUGGGAAACCAAAACUUCUUCCCAGAACGCCCAGAAUGGAUCCGAUUGGUCUUCCCCCAUUCAGAGCACUGAUGCACAAGGAAAAGGCACAUGGGGAAAAUGGCAUGUGCACUACAGCAAAGCAGAACAUCUGCUCACCUGUCAUUAACACAACCAGAAAGAAAUCAAUCGACCCCAUAAAGACCAUAGAAGAAUUUGAACAAGCAGGUGCUGGACCUGCAGCAAAGAGCCCUGGGAAACCACAACUUCUUCCUAGAAGGCCCAGAAUGGAUCCGAUUGACCUUCCCCUAUUCAGAGCACUGAUGCACAGGGAAAUGUUAAGCAAAACAUCCAGCAAUCCUCAGGAACUUACAGGUACUACAGAGGUAAAGAGUAAGUCUCUUGAGGCUACAAUUGAGGUAGAACCUCAAUUAAGAACCAACAUUACUGAUGCUGUCCUGGAUUGCAUAACCUCUACAUCGUUCAAGAAUCAGUUCAUUCAGCGCAUUGUGGGUGAGUUUGAUGAUAUACUAGCAAAAGCCGUGUCCCAGGUUCAUGAGCAACAGCAUGCUGUGAGAUUCGAUACAGUAGGAGGUAAGAUAAACAACAUCUCCUGGGAACAACAAUCGAGCAACAAUGUUUUCAGGCCUGGCUUCAGUGAUGGUGUGGCAUCUGUGCUUGGUUAUGCACUGAUAGAAGUUAGAGAAGAUGUGAAAAAAACUUUUAGAAGCCAGUCACAAAAAUUUCAGACAGCCUCACCAACGGCAUGCGAUUCUGUAACAGAAAUAGUGGACAGCGUCUUUGAAAGCAUGCUUGAUUCCUUGAUUCCUCAACUGAAACCAGAUGUUUGCACUGAAAGGGAUCCUAGCAUGAUUGAUUCUCUUAAUAGUCGUGAGUCUGAUACAGUGUUUGAUAGUAUCCUUCCCAGCACUGACUCAGAUUUCAACCAGAGUCAAGUCCAUGAGUCAAGAGGAAGUGCUGAUGAGUCUAGCGUCACAGCUCAGGACAUUGAGACAUUAGACAUUGUGAAAGAGAGAGCUGACUCCCCAAGAAGAUCUACCAAAGUCCCGUUCUCCACAGUAUUUGACCAGUCUUCUGGACCUGAAAUUAAGGCCAAAGAUGAGGUUGAGGGCAUCUUGGCUGAUUCUGGAAGCAUGAGCCACCUUGAUGUACCUCUGACUUCAAGAGUCAAAUCUGACUCUGAUUCAGAUACAAGCGUUCUUGAGCUCACUGCUACUUCUGAAACAGAACAUGUUGACCACAUGUCAAGAACUGAUGAAGUAGCAGAAGAAGGACUUGUGGCUAAAUCAUAUGUUGAGCUUGAGCAAAUCAUGGCUGCUCCUUCUGAGGAAAACACUCCUUCUGACAUUACUUCCCAAAGCCUUCAGCUGAUUGGACACCAGGAAUGUGCUAGCCCUGUCCCUUCACCACCUUCUAGUGAUCAGCCAGGAUCUGCCAGGAGAAGGGCACGUCCUAUAAAACCCAACUCUUUGCCAAACAUAUUCUCUGAUGAAGAAGAUGGCAUCUUUGACCAGUCUCACAAAAAGGUAGAAAGUGAUGGCAAGCGUAGACUUUCUCUGCCUGGUAUGGAAAUGGAAAUGGGUUCUUCUGUAAGCAGAAGCGGCCUUGAUGAGCCGCAGUUCAUCUGAAACUUCCAACGUUGAAGAAGCUACAGCAAAGUCAAGUUAAUUAAAUUAAUUAAUUAAAACAUUGCAAGUAAAUGAAUAUAUGAAUAUAUAUGAAAAAUAUAUUUUUACACUGUUCUUUCUUGUAUCCAAAUUGUAGCCUCCCC